UAUACAUUAUAUUAGGCAUUUAUAUUUGCGUAUAACAUUUUAUUUAUAACGUUUAUAAAUAAAAUAUAUUUUUAUACCGUCGGAAUAAAACAUCGAACUUUCUCGUUCAGUCAACCAUUAUAUACGUUGUGUUUUUUUUGGAAGUGAUUUUCGCGGUAUUGCAGUCUCAUCAAGCAGAAUCGACACUGUCUCCUAUAAUAAAUUGUCAAAAUAGUUUGACAAAGAAGCUGUGUUCCGAAUCGAAAACUGUUAAUUGAAGAAAAACAUUGUAUAGUGUUUGACUUUUUAAUUGCUAAAUUUUAUACACGCAAAAACCAGUUGUUUUUAUUUUGGUGACUAAUUAAAUAAUUAACACAAUAUGGGAGCCAGACAAAGCAAAAGAUCUGUAGACAUAUCUGCCGGAGCUACAAAAGCAGAAAAAGGAGCAGCUGGAGAACCUUUAGAAAAUGGCACAAUUACAACUGCUUCAGCUGAUGAGAAACAAGUUGUUGAGGCAAAUGGUGGAGUAGAAGAAACAACCAAACAGAAUGGAUCAACUCCUCACAUAGAUGAAAAGGAAAUUGCUGAAACCGAAGAUGUCAAGGAACCUGUUAAAACUGAAGAAGAAAAAACUGAAGUUGUAGCACCGAUUUCUGAAGCUAAUGGUGAUGUAGACACUGUUGCAGAUGAAUCGUCUAAAACUCCAACUGACGAAGCCACUUCAGAAGAGGUACAAGCAUCUGCAGAAAAAAAACGCAAGAAGAAAAAGUCGUGGUCAUUCAGAAGCAUCAGUUUCAGUAAGAAAGAUAAAUCCAAACCAGUAGUAAAGGAACAAACUGCUGUUGACGUAAAAAACGAAACAGUUGAAGAGGUGGCCGAAGAAGAAGCAGUAAAAGAAACAGUUAAAGUAGAACCGGAAUCUGCUGUUGAAGUUCCAAAAACCACUGAAGAACCUCCUUCUGUUGUUGAGGAGAAAGAACCUGAAACUGUUGAAUCAAAUAUCACGAACGUGGCUGAAAUUCCGCCUCCAUUACCAAGUAGUCCUCCCCCAGUAGAAGCAACCCCUGUUGCACCAACACCAACUAUUGUUGAAACUCCUGCUCCAGUCCAACCAGUGGAACCUGAAGUUGUACAAGGUGAACCCGAGGAUGAAACAGUAGGUGGUGGAGAAGGUUUAGCUGAACCUCCUGAAGGUUUAAACACAUCUGAUAUUGAAAAAGAAGUAGCUGAAGUACCUUUAGUUAAUGGUAAUCAUGUUGAAAGUGAAAAAUCUGAACCAUCCUCGCCUGAUGUAAAUUCUUUAUCUGAAAAAAUUGAAGCAAUCAAGUUAUCCAACGCGGCUGAUAUUAAUGAGGCUACCAAUGAAAUUUCAAAUGAUUUGCAUGAAGUAAAUGGAGUUUGUGAUGCAAUAGCAGUUACAACAAAUGGUGAUGCUGGACACGAAGAAGGCAAUUAAAAUAUGUUCUGCGGUUUUUUUUUUUUUAUUAUUAUUAUUAUUCACUAAACGUUGACGUCAGUUAUCGAAAACUACACUAAUGUUAUUACCUACUAUUUUAUGUGAAAAAAAAAAUGUUUUUAUUUCAUAGUAAA